CAAAUACAAACCAAACCAACUAAAACUGAUAAAACAAACGUUGACUUUUGACUAACCACCGUCCUCCGCCGCAUCAACCACCGUAAAUCAUGAUCGCCGUUUACUCUCUCGUCUUCUUCUUCCUCUUAAUCACCUCUGUUUAUUCCAAAGUCACAAUUUCAAUCUCUCCUCAAACCUUAAACCGAACCGGCGACAUAGUCGUGAUCAAAUGGUCCGGCGUCGAAUCACCGUCCGAUCUCGAUUGGUUAGGAAUCUACUCACCACCGGACUCUCCUCACGAUCACUUCAUCGGCUACAAAAUCCUCUCCGAUUCACCCAAUUGGAAAUCCGGGUCGGGUUCAAUUUCACUUCCCUUAACCAAUCUCCGAUCAAAUUACACUUUCCGGAUCUUCCGUUGGACCCAAUCCGAAAUCAACCCGAAACACCAAGACCAUGAUCACAAUCCUUUACCCGGAACUCGACAUCUAUUAACCGAAUCAAACCAGUUAAAUUUCCGGUUCGCCGUUAACCGACCGGAGCAGAUUCAUUUAAGUUACACAGAUAAUAUCAACGAGAUGAGAGUGAUGUUCGUAACCGGAGAUGGAGAAGAACGAUUUGCUCGAUACGGCGAGGUUAAAGAGAAACUCGAUAACAUCGCGGUGGCGCGUGGAGUUAGGUAUGAGAGAGAACAUAUGUGUCACGCGCCGGCGAAUUCUACAAUCGGAUGGAGAGAUCCAGGUUGGAUAUUUGAUUCCGUGAUGAAGAAUCUGAAACAAGGGCUUAAGUAUUAUUAUCAGGUUGGAAGUGAUUUGAAAGGAUGGAGUGAGAUUCAUAGUUUUGUUUCAAGAAAUGAGAAUUCAGAAGAAACAUUAGCUUUCAUGUUUGGAGAUAUGGGAUGUUCUACACCUUAUAGAACAUUUAUCCGUGGAGAAGAAGAAAGUUUAUCAACUGUCAAAUGGAUUUUAAGAGACAUUGAAGCUUUAGGUGAUGAUAAGCCUGCGAUUGUAUCACACAUCGGAGAUAUAAGUUACGCGCGAGGUUACUCGUGGAUUUGGGAUGAGUUCUUUGCUCAGAUUGAGCCUAUUGCUUCUAGAGUGCCUUACCAUGUUUGUAUUGGUAACCAUGAGUAUGAUUGGCCUAUGCAGCCUUGGAAGCCAGAUUGGGCUGCUUAUGUUUAUGGUAAAGAUAGUGGUGGUGAAUGUGGUGUACCGUAUAGUGUUAAGUUUAACAUGCCUGGUAAUUCAUCAGAAGCUACGGGUAUGGUUAAGGGACCUCAAAGUCGGAACCUUUACUAUUCUUAUGAUAUGGGUUCGGUUCAUUUCGUUUAUAUUUCGACAGAGACGGAUUUUCUUAAAGGAGGGAAGCAGUAUAGUUUUUUGAAGAGUGAUUUAGAGUCUGUUAAUAGGAGCAAGACACCGUUUGUUGUUGUACAAGGGCAUAGACCGAUGUACACUACAAGUAGGAAGAUAAGAGACGCUGCGAUAAGACAGAGGAUGAUCGAGCAUUUGGAACCGUUGUUUGUGAAGAACAAUGUGACUGUUGCUUUAUGGGGACAUGUACAUAGAUACGAAAGGUUUUGCCCGAUUAGUAACAAUACUUGUGGUGAACGUUGGCAAGGAAACCCUGUUCAUCUUGUGAUUGGUAUGGCUGGAAAAGACACACAGCCUAUUUGGGAACCGAGACCUAAUCACCAGGAUGUCCCGAUCUUUCCUCAGCCUGCUAACUCAAUGUACCGCGGAGGCGAGUUUGGGUACACUCGUUUGGUUGCUAAUAAAGAAAGACUCACUCUUUCGUAUGUGGGAAACCACGACGGAGAAGUUCAUGAUGUUGUUGAGAUUUUGGCUUCAGGGGAAGUUAUUAGCGGUAGUGAUGAUGGUAAAGACUCAAACUUUGGAUCUGAAUCUGACUUUGCAGUCUUGUGGUACAUUGAAGGAGCAAGUGUGAUGGUUGUGGGAGUGAUUUUGGGGUAUUUUGUCGGUUUUUUUAGUCGUAAAAAGAAAGAAUCAGGAGUUGGAUCAUCUAAUGGUAGUUGGAUCCAAGUGAAAAACGAGGAGACAUGAUUCAACUGAUUUGUUGUUGUUUGUUUUGUUUCCCACACAGAUUUGUAUAUCAUUCUUAUCUUACCAGGGACCAUCGAAAAGAUUUGUAUAGUGUUAAUUUGUGAUCUUGCUUUCAGUAUGUUAGUGUUCGUAUUUCUUUCAAAUAGAAAAUUUCUUUUAUU